UGCAGAGAAAGGUAAAGUGAGCGCACCGACUGCCUUCCUGUCCAUCGCUUUCUCCUUCUUCGGUUUUCCCGUCAAUGAUUUCUCUUUCUUGAAGGCUCGGCCCUUCUCCGAUAACGAAAAAAAACCUUUCGAUCUCUUCGCCCUCUCUCCUCUCUAUUUUCUCAGAUACGCGCCGGCUGCGCCUUCCCCACUUCUAGAGGGUGGAGUGGAUGGUUUUGCUUAUUAAUUAGCAAGAGGUGGAUUGCACUCAAGGAAUAAUAUCAGACUCCCUAAUUUCACAGUGUUGUAAUUCUUCUUUACAGCUACUCUUCGAAGUAUCGGUGAGCUCUGGAAGAUUCUUUCUUGGUUGCAUGAGGUUAAUUUGCGAAGGUAGAUCUCCCUAUCCGCCAACUGGUCAUAUAGGUUUUAUGUAAAGACCCUUUCUUGCCUACAUUUGCUUUUGGGUGAUUAGUUAACACUAGGUUAGAGAAUUGACAUUAGACUACCAGCUUGUCAUGGGAAUUGCUUGAUCCUCCUCCCAUAAAGCCUCCCAAAAUUAUGCUUUGUAGCCAACUUCAUAUUUUAUGUACAAGGUUUGGAUGACGGUGGUGGUGGUGGUGGAUGCUACUUUGGUGUCUUAGACAUGCAUUCUGCAGUAUUGACUUAGGAUCAGGUAAGGUAAGGCAUUAUAAGUCCAUUUUGGAUAUUAGCAUAUUAUCUAACUUUCUGUAUGCAGAUUUUUUAUGAACAGAUGUGGUUAUCCUUUUUCCUUAAAUUUUCUGAAGUCCUUCCAAUAAAUUUGAUGAUUUUGACUCAGUACAACCUCUAACAUGAUAAAAUUUGAUUUUAAACCUUUGAGAAAAUACCUUCAUGGGAGAUGAGGAAAAAAGGAAAUCUUGAUUAAACAUUUUCAGAAGUUUUUUCAAUACAAUCUGCUAAAUUUCGAUUUAGAGGGAGAUGUAGCUGCAUGCCAACCACAAUGAAAUCAAGGAAACAGAAAAAAAGAGAAGAACUUAAUAAGUGAAGGUAAUGACAUUGGAAUCAACUUCGGAAAAUAUAUGGACAAUAUUUGGCCUCAUUGGGAACCCUCUUCAAGGGUUGCAAGAAUGAGAAAAUGUUUGAAAAAUGAUCAAGCCUUUUUUGGCUAUUUGAUGGGAAAAUUUGUAUAAUAGCAAGAUGAUCUAAGAGCUGUCUCAUGAUGUGAAAGUUUUUCAAUUUAAUUAUGUGAUGUUAAGAAGGAACACUAGAAUGUUUUUAUUAAGAGUCUAAAUGGAAUGCUAUAAAUAAACAUUGACUUGCAAGUCCUCAUUUUGAAAGGUCUAUCAUAAUCGUAGGGGUGUUGUUGCAUUUAUAUUUUGUGAUUUUAAAAAAUGUAGGCUGUAUGAAUAUAGCAACGACUUGGAGCAAUAACAUUAAAAGAUUUACUUUAAAAGAACACCUGAGGGUCCAAGCUUAAUGUUGAAUAUUGAUAGCCUGUUCAACAAGAACUUACUUUCCUCAUUUUGGGGUCUGGUCCAUAAAUUGGUCUGAGGAGUAGGAAGAUUAUUGGAAAUUGGGAUUACUGAAGAAAUGUAGUUGAUUAUAGUUGGUAUGUGUACGAUGGGCCUUCAGUUUAUCCAAUUGAUGUUACGAGGUUAUCCAUGUGGUAGUGCUCUCUUGGUAUAAAUGUAAAAUUCUUUUCCGUGUUGAUAAGAAUGUCUGUUGUCAAAAGCAGUAACAGGAUUGGUGACAGAGUGAAAUCUAAUGGAGUGAAAGAUUAGAUAAAUACUGUUAAUGGUUUGAUGUGGCAAAAUGUGUAGGAAUAUGGCUGUGUAAUAUGUUUGACAGCAUAUUUGGCGAUUGCCUUACGGGGAUUGUAAAGAGAGAGAGAGGGGGUCAUAAUCUGCAGUAAAGAGUUACAUCAACUGGAUAAUGAACCAAGUUUUUAUAUAAUACUUAUGUUGACUGGAAAGGAUCUUAUGUAAUCAAGCUAACAAUAUAACUCUGGAGAAAAUUGUAACAUAUUAACCUUACUAUUAAGCUUUCUAUGUUUCCUAAAGGAUUAUUGAUCUUAAAUCCCUAUUUGUGAUAUCCAAUAUGAGCCAAUGAUGUUCAGAUUUUCACUAUUUAUGGCCAUUUUCUUGCUCCACCCUUUAUCCCAAUUUUUAGCUAUCUUGAUGAAUAACCUGGAAUACUGAGCUAACAUUUUUGGUGUUGGAUGGUUAACAGAAGUUCUGCCGAUAAUAUAUUUCUAUUGUGAUUUCAAACUAACACAGUCACCCUGAAUUUCCUGCACAUUUUUAUGAUUGUUGACAGUUUUAGCAUUUUUGCAAGGAAAUCCAUGGAUUGUGGUGAGGCAAAUGCCUAUGGUGAACGGCAUUCUGUCCUUAUGGGUGCAAUUUUCAUGUGCAACCGCUUGACAAAGAAGGAAUGCCUUGAGCGAAAACUUUUUGGCCUUCCCUCUCGCCAAGCAGGUUUUCUGAAGAAUGUUAAAGCUGGCAUGCUGUUAUUUCUCUUUGAGCAUGAAGAGAGAAAACUAUAUGGUGUGUUUGAAGCAACUUCUGAUGGUGCAUUAAAUAUUAUGCCUAAUGCUUUUCUCUCAUCAGGGAAGUCCUAUCCUGCUCAGAUUCUUUGCAAGCGGAUUUGGUUUUGUAAACCACUGUCUGAAGAUGAAUUUCGUGAUGCUAUUAAUGAAAACUACUACCAGCCCUACAAAUUUGAUUUUGGUUUGUCAUAUGACCAGGUUUUAAGGCUUAUUCACCUAUUUUCUCUAAAGAAGAUUAGAGUAUCGCAGUUCCAGAGAGGGAUGCCCAAUAAACUCAUAAAACAGUUUGAAAACUCAUAUUUGGGCAAUGAGAGGGUGCGUGGAAAACCCGGGUCUAGCUUUGAUUCAUAUGAACAUAAGCCUCUUCUAACAUCGGAUGAUUCUGUAGUUGUCUCUCAACAUGGACGGGACCCAACAGUACCUUGUGCUACCAGAGCACUACCUGAUUUGACUCGUUCAUCAUCUCAAAAUGAUUAUGCUCUGAGGAGAACAUUUCCUAUUACUUCUCCCUAUGUUCAUCGUUAUUACGACACUGUCCCAGGUUGUGGGGCUGAACUUCCCUAUAUUGAUUUAGGCUUGAACCGUCCUUCCCUGGCUGAAGAAUUGAAUGCUCAUACCAGAUAUUUCUCAGACGCUCAAGUCCCUUAUCUUAGAAGCCAACCAUCAUUACUGUCAGAUCCGAAGACCUUUGAGUUGCCUUCUAACUACCGGAGCAUGGAUGUCUGUGCCAGUGACGGGACCUAUAAAGGGUCAUCCUUCACUAUUUGUGAGCCUUCCAGGGUCGGUUUACCUUCAAUAGGUUCUGUAGGCUGUCCUAAACCUUUCAUAGGUUCUGGAGGCUGCACUGAUCUCCAAGACUACAAACACUCAUCCAUCCUUGAUCACCAUGACUCAUCCGCCAGUAAGAUUUUUGCAUCACUGGGAAUGAAUAUGACAAAGGGCAUAGAUUCUAGGCCCUCCUCGCACAGUUUGGGCAUUGCUCAUGAUGAUCCUAAAGCAACUCUACAAGAUGAUGGUCUAAGAGGGCAACACCGCUGGGUCUCAGGGCCUUCUCCUGACUUUAUCUCUUUGCCAGAAGAUGACUCCUCCCUCUUCCAUAGUAGUCUUUCGAAGGAUGCAUCUGUUAUAAGUAAUAGUUCAUUGGAAUUUGAGGAAGGCAAUGGCUAUCAAGAAUUGAGGUCUUAUCAAUUAAUGCACGAUGAAGGUUAUGAUGAUGGGUAUUAUCCAACUUCUGUGAGCUCCAGACUCCAUUCGGAUAAUUAUCAAAAGAGAACUAGUGUAUUUUCUCGCUUGUCAAAGGCUUCAGAAACACGUAGGCAAUGUAAGGUGGUAUGCAAGCCAUAUAGAAAUCCAUCAUUGGAUCAACUUUUAGAUGCCUUGUCUCAGAGGAGAGAUCUGUUGAGUAAGAUGGACAAAAUGGUGCCGCAAAAAUCAAGCAUUCAGGAUGAUGACCAACAAUAUGAGAAAAUAACUGAUAUGGAACCAGUGUUAGCUACAUCAGUUGGUGAGUUUGAAACAAACAGCAAGGAAGUUGCUGAAGAAAGCAGUGAAAUUCCUUUCUUGAAUUUUAAACGUAGGAGUGAAGUUCGGAAGAUGGAGGGUGGAAAUGAAGCACGCGCUGAUAUAGAGGGCCGCAGUGAUGAGGGAUCGUUGGGAAAGAGGAGGAGACUGGUUAGGCCAUCCUUCUGUGAAGAUGAAUGCCAAGAUGUGCAAAAAUCCUCUCAAGAAAUCGUUAGAGGCGGUGUGUUGGUUAAAAAUGGUGAGGCUGAGAAUACGGUAGAUGGUGAUUCAUCAGUCAGAAUCUAUGAAGAAAGUGGAAAUAAAAGCAGUUCAUCACCAGCUGGAUGUACUCUUUCUUGUGUUAUUGAUAAAUUGAAAAUCGACUCUAAUGGCUUAAACGCUUGUAUGAAUGACACUGCAGGAAGAUGCUUGCUGAAGUCCAAUGCUGACCACACAGUUGUGUCAACUUGGAAUACUAAACAUGAAGAAAAAGCAAAUACUGCCUUACAAGCAGCUGGCGUUGAUCUUUCUGUAUUGCAAGGUUACAGCGAAUCACGGCACCAAAAAUUUGGUGAAGGGAGUGAAGCAUUCUUAGUUAAAACCGAUAAUAUUGAGUCAGAAGAUUACCGUCCGCUCAAGUGGGAGAAGAUUAGACUUGCCGAGUGACCAACAAGCUUGGAGAGUUGGUUCUGAAGUCCUUAAUGCUAGGCCAUCGAUCCAUUUUGGGUUCAUCAUGGUUCAUUGUUUUUGAGGGCAGUCAUUCCAAACUACUAAUACAGCUUACUGGUGUGUGUCUGUGCAACACCUGAACUUUUGGUUACUUUCUUUUACAAUCGUUUGAAACCUUAGUUUCCCUUUGCUUUAGGACAUGGUUGUAAUAGGCGAAGUCCGGUCUUUGACUAAAUGGACCGGACCACCUGAUAUUGUCGUAACCAUGUAAAGCAUGCGUACCUGUAUAUUUUUAUCGACUCUGAUGCUGUAACAGAGCGAAGAUGGUAUUUGUUUCUCUCUUUCUGCAUCUAAAAAUACUUGUAUAUUUGGUAGUGCGUGACUGAGAUACGUAAUAGAUUGUGAUUACCUAA